CUAACGGACCCUGAAAUUGGCUGCAGCUGACUAGCGCAACGUCUCCACCGCCCAAGACGACAGGCACAAUCCAAUCACGGCCUGUUCUCGCAAAUUGAGACGCUACCCGGUGCCGAAUUGGGAGCUGGCUGCUAAAUGUGGAUGCCUCAGGCUUUAAUCCACGACGGCGUGGUUAUUUAUGCCUCUUCCCCACAUAAUCUCUCGCCCACGCCCGUGUAGUGCUUGCAUUAAAUUCACCACCAUUGUCUAUGCGGCACAGGGGUCUUUGAUUAUCGAUAAUGAAUGCGCGAUCUUAACGCUAUCGAUAAGUUGCCUUUCUGCAAGAGCUCCCCAAGGCGGAAGGCCCAACAAUUCCCCCCAUGUAGUCCGCAAUGAUUCCGACAGCCGACCAACAAAACGCACCACUCUUCGAGGCACACUGCGUACUCCACGAAAGUAUGCUUUGAGUCGCAGCGAGCUCGGGAUAUCCUUCCGGUUCGACAGUCACCGAUACCUUGCCCGUCUGGGGAUAAGUCUAGACAAGAUACUCGAAUUCGUAGUCAUCUGGAAUACAACCUUCAUCCAUUGGACCGCAGUUGCCGCCAUGAUAGUGUCCUAUCUUGGUUGUCUUGGAUCGCUCCACGGCCUUGGUUAACACACCCAUGACGACAGAUGUGAGAGGCUGCACGUUGACCGGAUUGCCAAAUGUACCUCGAGAGAGAUGCUGCAGUCGUUUCCGAUCCCAUGAGCUUCGGGCUUACACAUGUUGAUGAUAAUGUCGAAUACUUCGCCAUCAGGCAGCUGGAAAUUGACAGCGUUAUUGCGCAAAGUGUGAUAGUGACAACGUUGGUCAUGCACUUGGAAUGGAUC